GGUAGCUGUAUAUCCAUCCGAGUCACUCCGCUGGAGGUAAGAAUGCCGCCUAAGACACGAGCCGCCUCAAGACGGGCAGGGGAGCAAGAUGCUCCCAUUGAGAUGGCAGAUAGACCACGGGCAUCCACCCAGAGAGGCCGAGGUAGACGUGGCAGGGUCACUAGGCCGGUGGGGUUGGAUACGCCUGUGAGUAGGCAAGAAGAGGGACAGUCCUCAGGUGAUGUAGAUAGACACCCAGCUAGGGGUAUUACUAUUGAGGAUUUGGCGGCAGGCCUACAGGGAGUUAACCGGGUUGUAGAGAUGAUGGCGACCCGCAUGGAAGAUAUACAAAGGGUAGUAGAGGGGAGACCUACAGUACAAGAAUCCCCUAGCUCCCAAGGACAGGCCGAUCACCAACAUCAUGAGGAGGAGAGGGGACAUCUAGAUAUUUCUCUUCCUGACUUUCUCAAGCUUAAGCCUCCAACAUUUUCAGGGUCUGAUGCAUCGGAGAAACCCCAGGUUUUCUUGGAUAAGAUGGAGAAAAUUUGUAAAGCCUUGGGAUGUUCUAGUGUUCGGUCAGUUGAGCUAGCCGCCUUCCAAUUAGAGGAUGUGGCGCAGGAAUGGUAUAGCUCUUUAUGUAGAGGCAGACCGACUAAUGCAACACCGUUGGCCUGGAGUGAGACUUCAAGCAUGACGGUGUCUGAGUAUGACAUCAAGUUCACGCAGCUAGCUCGUUAUGCGCCCUAUCUCAUUUCUACUAAGGAGAUGAAGAUUCAGAGGUUUGUGGAUGGGUUAGUGGAGCCAUUAUUUAGAGCUGUGGCAUCCCGAGAUUUCACUACCUAUUCUGCAGCAGUGGAUCGUGCUCAACGCAUCGAGAUGAGGACCAGUGAGAGUAAGGCUACGAGGGAUAGAGCAAAAAGGGGCAAGACAGAGGGUUAUCAGGGCCGUAGAGAUUUCAGCAGUGGUGGUUCAUCUUCUAGCCGUCAAGGUCCACAGAGGGACUCACGGUUACCUCAGUAG